AAUAAUAUUUGUAAUUUAUGUCUUAAUUAACUAAGCCUGUUACUUUUGUUGUCAUUUAAUUGUUUAUAUGUGGAAUAUCAGUUGGCGGCAAGAUGUUGCCUUCAAUGUCUUGUACUUCUCUAAUUCGGCCGCAUAGUUGUGUGUGGAGUAUGUGCUGUGUUGAAGUUCUUUCUCCAAUUUCAUAGCUUGGUGAUGUUUUCCUGGACAUUUUUCUGCUUUUCGAGAAGGGUGGAUAGUUCAAUUUUGAAUUUCUCCGAGGCAUAAUUUGGCCGUGAAUAAGGUUUGGGAAUUCAAGCUAAUGGAUGCAAGUUAACGUUGCAGGACCGAGAGGCGAGGGUUUCUGUAGUAUUGUUUUUCAGUUAGAGAUGCCGGGAAUUGGAGAGGAUGUGCUGGCUCUAACCGUGGUGUUCGUCGCCUGAGGUUAAGACUAGCUUAGCCCUUUAUAGUCUAGGCAGCUCGAUUGGGGGCUGAACGUACACAGACCCUGUGUGUGUGCCUGUGUGUAUCACAAGUCUGUACUAUCUUUCUGGCAGUCGAGUGGGUUCCUGAGAUAACUAUCCAAAUCAACGCACCCACAAUUGACGAGCUCACAGUAAAACAUUAGCUGUCAGAAGAGAAAAAUUGAAGAGUACUAGAUUUGUGAGGAGUGGGCUAGAGGUUUGUUGGAUGUGGCUGCCUUGUGAACUUAGCCAUAUACUUCAGCUCUGGUGUUGAAGAAGAGAAGGAUAGAAGAUAUUAGAUUUGAGUGGAGGUUCGUUGGUGGUGGCUGCGAUGGCCACACAUCGGCUAAUUGAAGUCUCUUUUUUUGAAGCAAAAGGCCUAAAGAACGUAAGGACGUUUGGCGGAGAUAUGAAUCUCAGCGUGCGGGCUUUUAUUAAGAAGCCUGGCCUAACUGACUCUGGUUUGCAAACCGUAGAGUAUACAAAGUAUACCGGUAGCUCACGCUGCAACUGGGCGGGAGUGAAGAUGCCAUUUUAUUGUCCUAUCAAUAACUUUGCCGAGGAUUACAAGUUGGCCGUGUAUAUUUGCCACCACAGUUGCUUAAGGGAUACUGCGACCUUGGUCGGAAGUUUCCAGAUUGUGGUCCCUGCCGUCACACUCGCUCGUGAGCCUUACCCGGUGUUUACGGACUCGGGAGAACGUCAUGGAACGCUGGAGAUGUCCGUGACUGUUGGGCCGCCGGUGGUGCUUGUCCAACCGACAGUAUCUGCGCAGAAUAUCCAGAGGUCGUCAUCAGGAAUUGGCGCUGCAAUAAUCGCUGGAGUCGCCAGCGACUUGAUAGUUGGGUUAGUUAAAAGUUUGUUCAAUCACUGAUUGGAGCACUGUUUGCAGACAAAUCAUCUUUGGUAGUAUGUCCGGAGUAUAGUAAUCAUGACACUGUAGAAGGGUGUGUGUAGAGUAUCAAUUCUGAUGACGAUCUAUCGACCGAGUCCCUUCUGUGGUUCCACAGGAAAAACCAUUCAGAAGACAAAAUCUCCAAUGUAAAGCUUGCUGUUUAGUAAUGCUUGGUGCCCGAUCUCCAGUACGGGUAAUAACAGGGUUGGUGGGACUAGGAGCGUGAUUGCACAAAUUGCUCAAUCACAUCGUUCCACAAUUCAUAACCUUGACCCUGAGUGGGGUUACGCAUGUGGGAUAAGCUUCACGCUUGCCACAGACACCCCAUGGCUAUAUUCGUCAUUGGCGGUUUUCACAUUGCCAAUUGCGCUAUCUCUCUUUCACCAAUUUGUAGUUUUUUUCCUACUCGUGUGACAAAUCUAACAUGCACUAUUGCAUCUAUCAAUAAAGCAUGUUUAGGAUACAGAAAUGAUA